AUGAGUUAAUACUUAGUUAACAAUAAUAGUUAAGGUUUCUAUCAAAUGAGCAAUUAAAAAUAGCAAGAAAAUAUAGGAGAAGGGAUAUAAAUUGUUAGGAUUUCUCAAGAGAGAUUUUAAACAGAGUUUAAUAUUUAUUUGAAAUUGUAUUAGAAUAGAUGUUUAAAUGUAAUAGAAAUAUUAAACAUAAACGAUUAUGAUGUCAUAAUUGAAGAAUAUUCAAUGACAUUAGAUUAAUUUAUUCAAAAAAGGCAAGAGAUAGGAUUAAUUUUUUCAAAACAAGAAAUCCAAUUAAUAAUAGCCUAAAUUAUAAAUGGUUAUUAGCAUUUAAGAUAAUUAGGAAUAAUUCAUAGAAAUUUAACUCCAUAAUCAUUACUUGUAAAAUAAAUAAAAGGAAAAUAGAUUAUAAAAGUAAUCUAUUCAAUAAAUUGUAGUUAUCAGAUUUUAGUUUAUCUACAAUAGCAAAUAAUUAAGAAUUGCCAAUAAUGACAAGAAUUAGUAAUUCAAAAUAUUUGGUUCCUGAAAAAGGAUAGGAUAUGUAAUGUGAUAUUUUUUCAGUAAAUUUUAAUUUAAUUCUUUAGUUGGGUCUUAUCUUAUACUAAUUAUGUUUUUAAUAAAAAAUUCCUAAUACAAUAAACAAUCAGGUGGAAUAAUAAAAAAUUAUAAAGGAUUUAAAGUAGAUAUAACUAAAAUGCCAAAAAACUGGAGAUGUUGAUUUAGAUUUGAUUGAUUUGAUUGAGUAGAUGUUAGUCAUUGAUCCUUAAAAGAGGAUUAGUUGGGAUGAACUUGCUCGUAUUCCUAAAUUUUAAUAACCUUAUAAACUAUUAAAUAAAAGAUACUUGAUAGAUUUUACUCGUUAAUUAGGGAGUGGUAUGUAAGGAGUGAUAUAUUUAACUAUUGAUUUAAAAGAUUAUUUAGAAGUAUGUGUAAAAGUUAUUGAUAAUACUUCUAUUGAGGGAAAGAGAGAAAUUUAAGUUUAUGAAAGGUUAUAAGGGAAUGAAUAUUCAGAAAAUAUUAUUUAAAUAAUAGAUUGCAUUACUGAUCAAAAUUAGUCUUUUGUUAUUAUGGAAAAAUGUGAUGAGAAUAUUAAAUAAUAUUUUGAAAAAUAAACUAUGAUAAAAGAGGAAGAAAUUUUAGACUUUUUAGAUUAAAUUAUUAGUGGCUAUAUAGAUUUAUAAAAUAAAGGAAUAAUACAUAGAGAUCUUAAACCAGAAAACAUCUUGAUCAAACAUGAAGUAAGAAAAAAGAAAGUUAAAGUAGUUAUAAUUUAUCAUAUAUUAUAUAGAUUAUUGAUUUUGGAGUGAGUAAAUUACAUAAUCCGAAUGAAUUAGCCAUUACUGUAGCUGGUACUCCAAUCUAUUCAGCUCCAGAAGUACUUACACUAACUGGAAAAGGUUAUACAGACAAAUGCGAUAUUUAUUCUGUAAAAUAAAUUGCAAUAUGUAGUUAGGAACUAUGCUUUAUUAAUUUGUAUUUAAAUCACCAUAUUAUUAUGCAAAUUCAAUAGAGGAAUUAAGAAAAUUUUAAUAACAUUUAGAAAAAAAUCCAUUUACUUGCAAAUAAAAAUCUAGUAUUUUAUUAUUUUUAUUGUAGUUUUUAAUAAAUUAAUAGAAAGAAUGUUAAUAUAUGAUCCAGAUCAACGAAUAUCUUGGAAUUCUUUAAAAUAUGAAGUGAAAAAACUUAUGGAUAAAUCUUCAAUCAAGGUAAAAGAAAGAGAAUCUAUUUUACAUGAAAAUAUACCUCCCUCUAUUUUAAGAUAUUUGGAUAGUCUUUAAAUAUUUUCAUCUAAGUUAGAAUAAGAAUUGAUAAACUAUUAUCAUCAAACAAAAUAUUAAAACUAAAUAGUAAAAGUGCUAUAUUUUGUAUUGUUUUUCAGUCAAGCCACACUUCUUGAUUGUCAAGAAAUAAUUUAAAAAUAAUCUAUAUUUAUAGGUGGAGAGAUUUUUAAACAAAAUCUAACUUCUUAAUAGAUAUUCUUAGAUAAAUAAUAAUACUAUAUUGAAGAUCUUUAAGAAUCAAUUGAACAGAUAUAAAUAGAACCUGAUUAAUUUUUUGAGAAUUAAAAAGAAAAGAUGGAAAUAGAAAUUUAAUUAAAGCGAAUGACUUGCUAUGAUAUUCAUAAAUAUUUUAAUGAAAUUUAUCUGAAGUCAAAAGAAAAAGGCACUAUUUACUCUUAAGCAUCAAUUAAAUUAAGAUAUUAUCUAGAAAAAAUGUCUAAUAUUUUUUAUGAUUAUCCUCUAAACAAUAUUAAAAGUAUUUUAUUUUCAAAAUUGGCUGAAAAAAUAUAGGAUGAGAAUGCUCAAAAAUAAUAUUUAGAAAUAAGAUUAAGAAAUUGA